GGUUUUACAAGAUGUUAUUGAUUAUUGCAAAAUUUUGGAACAACAAGGAUUGGUAUUUAGACUUCAAACAACAUUUUGUUCGUGUGAGACAUGGCUUUCUUUUCGAAACCCUGUCAAUAUUAAAUUUUAAAGAUUCAUUUAUCGAAUGGGUUGAAGUAUUAUAUAAAAACGCUGGAGGCAAAGUAAUAAAUAAUGGUUGGAUUUUAAAACAGUUUAAGAUAGACAAGGGUGUAGACAAGGAUGACCUCUAUCGGCUUUGUUAUUUGUUUUAGUUGUUAAGGUAAUGACGUCACAGAAAGAAAGUCGGUGGUAUUAAGAUUCCAUUCCACAAAGAACCAUUUUUCAAAAGAAUUAAAGAUCUCAUAGCUAGCAGACGACACCGCUCUUUUUGUUAAUUCCGUCCAGGUAAGAAAUGUCGCAAUUCAAGAUGUUAUUAAUUUCGGGGAUUAUUCUGGCUUAAAACUUAAUUGAAACAAAACCAAAGUUAUGCCACUUAAUAUAAAUCAUAAUAAAACAAAUGGUAUAUGCAAUUUUGGAUGGUCUGAUGAACCAAUUAAAUACCUUGGGCUUGUAUUAUGCAAGAAUACCAAUGACUUUAAUGUCCUUAAUUGGUCUGUAAAGAUAGAUAAAAUUAAACGUAUUAUAAAUCUUUGGAAGAUGAGAAAUCUGACAUACUAUGGGAAAAUAGUUAUUAUAAAAAUGUUACUUGUAUAUAAGCACAUGCUACAUCAUGCCCCAAAAUUAUAUCAAAGAACUUGCCUUGUACAGGAUAAAGAUUUUAGUAAUUUUCUAAUUUAUGAUGACUCUCUUUGUUUCAUUUUGUAAAUUUAUUUUUAAUUAGAUUUGAAUUCACCGAUUGAGGGCGUAUUGUUUUUUUUGUACAGUCAUGGAAAGCGUGUCGCUUGUCCGUUUAGUUGUUAAAUUUCUUUAAUUUCGUGAUACGAGCCCAAUGACCUUCCACGACUAUCGGAGGGACUCGGCUAAAGUCGACACUUAGGACCUCUGAGUGUCAAAGCUGCCGGUACUUAAGGCUUGAGGAUGGGGUACUGGUUCAAGGAACCCUUGUCAAUACAAGUUCUGUCUUCAAACGAAACCAGGAAAGAACCACCACCACAUCCAUCGUUUAUUGUGCUCCUGACAAAGAUCCAUGUUCAUCAAACCCCUGCAGUCAAGCCAAGGAGUGCUACGCACAUCCGUACAACCAGGGAUACGAUUGCGACUGUGCUUUCGGUUACUACGGUGACGAGUGUCAGAAAAACGGGAAAAUGGGUGGGAUUCUCGACAAUGAAGGAAAGCUCUUGUUGUUCAAGAUGCCGACAUUUGAGUUAGAACACGAGAUACUGAUAGCUCCUCCCGAUCCAAUGAUAGUGCAAUACAAAUUUUACACGGUCUACGAUCGCCUGAAUGAUCUGGUCUACGUUGCGGCGAAUGAUGUCUUCUACCGUGGCCGACCAAGGGCUUCUGGCCACUUUGAGCGUUUCAACAACUUCACCGAAAUGUAUCCCGGAAAAGGAAGGAGUAUAUUGCUUGGCAACAAUUCUACCUGGUUAUAUCUGGGUAACAGCGACUCCGGUCUCAUAACGCGCCACCAGCUUCCGGAUAUGCUACAUGAGGAGACAAUCUACCAUGGAAUCCUCAACACUAGGCCUACACCAGAGGAUACUCCUAUUCAUCCUGGUCCAUUCGUCAUGGCCAUUUCACACAUCCGUAGAUUACUUUUCUGGAUAGAUUCGAAAGGGAUAAUGAGCUGCACCGUAGACGAUUGUAUGAACACUGCUGACCGUGUUCAUUUAUUUUCCGAGGAAAAAUAUCCAGCAGGAGUAGCUAGAUGCAGUCUCGUCGUGGAAGAUAAAAUUGGCAAGAUAUUUUGGUCUGACUAUCUUUCAACUGAGGAAGGCUAUCCCCAAGAUAUCCUAAUGGCAGAUUUGGAUGGCAAGCGGGUUCAGACGGUGUGGAAACGUACUUCCAACUUCAAGCUGAUGGUGUUUACAAUAUGGAACGACUGGCUUGUAGCCUACGAAUUUGAGUCGUUUCGAUUCUGGAUGAGUAGAUUCCGGAGUCACAUCGCCGAGUCAAGUAAUGGAACCGCUCUGCCGUGGAAGUGGUUCCAGUCUACGUUCCAAGGAAUACAUUACAUAACUGAAAUGGUUUCAGUUUAAAGUUCUCAUGGCGGUGUAAUAAUUUAUGAAAAUAUACCUGUUUUCCUAUGAGAGUGUUUUAGGCAUCUUUAUUAAGUACGUUCAUCGUCAAAGUUUUUAAUCUGUUGUGGAUUUCUUCCUAUAAUCCUUGAAUCGCUUUGAUUAUUUCAUCAAGAUGGAGAGUACUCUAUAUUACUAUAAAUAAUUAUUAUCAUUACCCAGAAUUUAUUUUUUUUAAUAUUCUGUGCUCAAUACUAAUUUUAUACCUAGAUCAGAUUACAAAGUCAAACCUUUUUGUGUAGGCCUAUAAUUCAUUUAUCUUGAAGUUGUAGUUAGUGCCCUUCCUAAUCACAUAUUGUUGGUGUUAUAUUAUCGCCUUGAUUAAUCACCAUUUAAAAUCACACUGUUGAUGUAACUGUUGAUGUUUAAUACUCCCUUUUUCAGCCCUUGAUUAUAAGGUUUUGAUAUUUCAAUCUUUAUGUAUUAUAUUAUUAUAUAUAAAUAUACCAUUUUUACAUUCUAAAUUACUUUGCACAUAUAUUGUCAAAUAAAUGGUGGAUAAAAAUUUAAUAGAAAACAAGAAAUAUGGAAAGGAUAAAACGUUUCACAACAAAGUUCGGCACAAGGUAUCAUUAUAGAGAAUGAAACACCACGCCUAAUAUAUAAAAUAUAAUACGCUUCUCACCGCAGUACAACACAUGAUGAUGGAGAUGAUGAAUUCACUGCUCGACUUCAAGCGACGACGAGAAAUCACCACUAUCGCCGGAAACUCCAGCUCCAGACAGGCAAAAACAUGGAAAAACAUUAUACGAAAAGAAAACUAAAAGGAUAGAUAACAAGCAAAAAAGUAGAGUGCAAAGGAAAACACUAAGCUGUGAGCGAAUAACGAAUGAAAGGGAAAAGUAUAAGUCGAUCAUGAAAUGGAAGAAAUCAAUUCAAAAUCAACAACAUUAAUGAAUGAUGACUCGAUUUCUCUUCAUCUAAUAUCCUUAAUGUGGGAUAAAACGAAAAGAAGCAAAAUUAUAUCGUGGCUUCGUGCACAAAAGACAGAUAUUGUUUGUUUACAAGAAACUUACUGGACGAAAGAGCUAGAACACGAGACUUCAUCGCAAUGGAAUGGUGCAUGUUUCUUUAGUAAUGGGUCUAACCACUCCAAAGGAGUUUCAAUAUUAUUGAGAAAGAAAUUACCUCUAGAAAUUGUCAACAUCUACGCCAGAAAUGUUCGAAGGACCGUUGCUCUUAGAUUAAUGUAUAAUAAUUGUUGUUAUUUAUUAUCGAAUGUUUAUGCACCAACAAAGUGUUCUGAUAAAGUCACACUUUUUAAAUGACCUAAAUGACCUUCACCUUAAUCAUGUGACCUGAAACUUGCACAGGAUGAUCAGUGUCACUUGAUUAGUAUUAUUCCCAAGUUUCAUAUUUCAGAU